AUGCCAUUCCUGCAAAAGUAUCUACUCCAUGAAGGUGGCUACCCAAAGGUCGUUCGCGAAGGCAUCAACGAUGACUACCUCCCAGUAUGGAUGCAGAAUGCUGGCUACAACACGUACUACUCAGGCAAGCUGUGGAACCACCACUCUGUUGACAAUUACAACGCACCCUACGCCGGCGGAUACAACGGUUCCGACUUCAUCCUCGAUCCCUAUACGUACGAAUACUACAACGCACACAUGAGUCGCAACGGCGGACCACCCAUAAGCUACAAGGGUCAAUACUCGCCUGAUGUGACUGCAGAGAAGGCGUAUGGCUUUCUCGAGGAGGCAACGCAACACCCUGAGCCUUGGUUCCUCACCAUUGCACCUAUCGCGCCCCAUAGCAACGUGAAGCUCGUGCCUGCCGAAGAGUAUAGUGCGGAUUUGCCUCAAUACGCAGAGCGACAUGCUCAUCUCUUUACCGAGUACAAGAUCCCACGCGAUGCCAACUUCAAUCCCGAGAAGCAGGGUGGCACAGGAUGGGUCAAGAGACUUCCACUUCUCAAUGACACAGUCAUUGACUACAAUGAUGAGUUCCAGCGCUCUCGCCUUCGCGCCCUUCAGUCAGUAGACGAGAUGGUAGAGCAACUGGUCAAGACUCUCGAGCAGAAGGGACUUCUAGAAGACACAUACAUCAUCUACACCACCGACAACGGUUAUCAUCUAAGUCAGCAUCGCCUACAUGCCGGCAAGGAAUGUGGCUACGAGACUGAUAUCCACAUCCCCCUCAUUGUGCGCGGGCCAGGUGUAAUGAAGGGCCACACCACCGACAUCGUCAGCUCCCACACUGAUCUUGCACCCACAAUAAUGAAGUUGGCCGGUCAGACUCUACGCGAAGACUUCGACGGCUCGGUCAUGCCCCUCACCAAAGAAGACACCCUUCUCGCCGAAUCCGCAGAACGUCAAGAGCACAUCAACAUCGAGUACUGGGGCCGAGCCAUCCCCGAAGGCAUAUGGGGCCACUACGACAACCCGGUGAAAGAGAAUCAUCCGCCCGACCAGAACUGGGGUGGCUACCUCCACUCUGUACGCAACAACACGUACAAGGGCCUCCGCCUCAUCGGUGAGGACUACAACAUCUACUACUCCGUCUUCUGUACGGGCGACAAGGAGUACUACGACAUGCGCUUCGACCCAGGUCAGCUGGAAAACUACUUCGACGACGAAGACGCGGACCUCAUAGCGAAACGUGACACCUACCGUAUCGCAGGCCGCCCCUUCACCGCCAUCAUCGACCGUAUCGACGCAUUGAUGAUGGUACUUAAAUCAUGCAAGGGCGAAGCGUGCAGAGAUCCCUGGGGCGUGCUACACGGUAGUGGCAGGAAGGUCCGAUCGCUCAAGCAAGCUUUGUCACAUCGCUAUGAUACUUUCUACGCAGCGCAACCUAAGGUCCAAUUCGAGGACUGUGCGUUGGGCUAUAUCCGUGAGGUUGAAGGCCCGCAGGAGGCGAACGUUUGGGAUGGCUGGGAUGACGGAGAGAGGUCUGAGCUGAAGGCGCGCAGGAAGCCGAGUUUUGUGUAUCAGGGGAAUCCGCAUUUGCUUACUUGA